AUGUCUGAGCGAGGCGCAUUCCGGGGUCGAGGCGGAGGUAGAGGAGGCGACCGCGGCGGCAGAGGCGGCGGCCGUGGGGGCGCACAAGCUGGAGGUGCUGGUGGACAGACCGAGCGACCAAAGAAAGAGAACAUCCUUGACCUGAGCAAGUACAUGGAUAAGCAGAUCACAGUCAAGUUCAGCGGUGGAAGAGAAGUCAUUGGCACACUCAAAGGCUACGAUCAGCUCAUGAACCUCGUUCUAGACGAGGUCAAGGAGGCCUUGACUGACGAGGACGGCAACAUCCGGUAUCGCAAGCUCGGUCUCAUCGUCGCACGCGGCACCCUUCUGGUUGUCAUCUCGCCCGUCGACGGAAGCGAAGAGAUUCCGAACCCAUUCAUACAGGAAGAAGAAUGA